CCUCCCACGAGGCUCUGACCAGUGGCUGGCUACUCGUUAUCCAACAAUCUUCUUCUCAUCACACCGCGCUCGGCUCGGCACCGGCACCGGCGCGCGCACAAUGGACGUGAGCCAAGGCGUCCUCCUGUCCAGCGCCCUGGUCGGCGCCGGCGCCAAUGGCACCACCCCGGCGUGGCCCGAGCUGCUGGGCUCCGCCCACUGGGACGGCCUCCUUGACCCUCUGAACCUGACGCUCCGCCGCCUCAUCCUCCUCUGCGGCGACCUCUGCCAGGUGACCUACGACUCCUUCAACUCCGACUCCCACUCCAAGUACUGCGGCACGUGCCGCUUCUCCAGGGCGACGCUCUUCAGCCGCACGCAGUUCCCCGCCGCGGCCGACGUUUCCGUGGCCGCCAACCUCUACGCGACCGCCCAGACGUCGCUCCCCGCGGGGCUCAUGGUGUACUCGCUCUCCCGCGAGGCCUGGAGCAAGGAGUCCAACUGGAUCGGCUACGUGGCCGUGUCCACGGACGCCGCGGCCGCCGCCACGGGCCAGCGUGUCAUCUACGUGGCGCUGCGCGGCACCAUCCGGAACCUGGAGUGGGUGGACGUGCUCAAGCCGGACCUGGUCGCGCCCGACGCCAUCCUGCCGGAGUCCGACCCGGCCCGCGGCCACGCGCGCGUCAUGAAAGGGUGGUACGUCAUCUACACCUCCAGCGACGAGCGGUCGCCCUUCUCCAAGUACAGCGCGCGCGACCAGCUGCUGGCCGCAGUGCGCGAGCUUGUCGCCAAGUACAAGGGCAAAGUCGGCGAGAGCCUCAGCAUCGUGUGCACCGGCCACAGCCUCGGCGCGUCGCUGGCCACGCUCUGCGCGUUCGACAUGGUGGUGAACGGCGUGUCCAAGGUCGGCGACGCGCACGUCCCGGUGGCCGCCAUCGUGUUCGGCAGCCCCCAGGUCGGGAACCCGGAGUUCAAGAAGCGGUUCGACGAGCUUCCCAACCUCCGCGCGCUGCACGUCAGGAACAAGCCGGACCUCAUCCCGCUGUACCCGAGCAACCUCCUGGGCUACGCCAACGUCGGCGACGUGCUCUCCGUGGACUCCAAGAAGUCCCCCCACCUCAAGCCCGACACCACCAACGUCGGCGACUACCACAACCUGCAGGGCAUCCUGCACACCGUGGCCGGGUGGAACGGGAAGGACGGCGAGUUCAAGCUGCAGGUGAACCGGAGCGUCGCGCUGGUGAACAAGUCGUCCGCUUUCCUCAAGGACGAGAACCUCGUGCCGGAAUCGUGGUGGGUGGAGAAGAACAAGGGGAUGGUGCUCGGGGUCACCGGUGAGUGGCAGCUCGAGCAGCCCGCCGAGGAGAACCUGCCAGUCCCGCCGGUCGUGACCGGGAAGGUCAUCGACGACGAUGUCGCUGCCGACACGAGCAAUAAGGAGGAGCCCAAGAUACCUGUUGCGGAAGGGAAAAAGAAGGGCACGGGAUCCAAAUUUCUACCUGCAUGCUUUAGAGGGCCGGUUAAUGUGAAUGAUUGAAACGAUCGUAUGAUCUGAUUUUGCUAUUCAUCGUGAAUACUGUAGUCCGAUUGUACGUGUGGCAUAGUGACUGCUGUGGUGUAUAGCCGGUGUUAAAGUUGUGAGAGGUUUAUUGCCAAAAACAACUAUCUGAUGGUUGUGAGGUUGUGUACU